AGUUUAAGAUAGUUUAGUGUAUAAGGUGUUUAGUAUAUAGUAUAGUAGUAUAGUAUAUGAUAUAAUAAACUUUAUGAUAUAAUGUAUUUUAAACUAUAUGAUAUAAUAGAUUAUUAUAUAUGAUAAAAUAUGAUAUAAAAGAAAUAAGUUAUAUAGUAUCCUCAAGAUUCCACCAAUCUUAAUGAAAAUAUCUUUAACCAUUGUUAUUUCUGUGCACUUUUUGUUAAUUAUUUGUAUGGUCAAGUAAGGUUGUAUAUCACCAAUUAAGUCUAUUAUAAAUUGGCUUGGGCCUGUGUCAAAUCGUUGUCAACCAGAGAAGUUGUCAACCUUUUAUUGGAUUUAAAGUGGGCGUGGUCAUAGAACCUGUUACUCAACUAGUCUUGAUCUCUUCGCCUGGCAACCUUUUUUCUAAAAACUUUUCUAGGAAUUUUGUAGCUUUUUUCAAUUAUAGAUAUUUUUAGAGACCAAUUUAAAGUAAAAGGUUUUGUCGAUUGAUAACAGGAGCGUGUCAUUAUUCAAAGCUAAAAGUUAUGAAAAGUUGAUGCCUACAUUUUACAGAGCAAAGCAGUUCUGGAAACAUAUUCAAAUUAAAAAACAGGAGUUUUGAACUUAAUUUUGAUUUUUUCUCCAUUUUUUAUGCUAGUAUUUUGAAAGCAAAAGACAAUACAAAUUUCUACAAGUUUCCAAAUUUCGGGCCAUCUUCCUUAAUUUUCUUUUGCUUCUACAACCUUCCUCCAGGCAGUGACUAUGGGGCCGUGAUGAAUGAGUACAUAUACUUUCCCCCCAUCAGAUCACAGUAAUUUAGUCUAUUUGGAUUUUUUAACCAGACCAUAACAACAUUGAGCAAAGUGGGUGAAGCUGACUUUUUUAGGCUUAAUUUUCGUAUAACCUCGUAAUAGUUUAACCUCAUAAUCACAUGUGUAUAAUACGUAUAGUUCUUUUUUGUUAUAAUCAGUCGAUCGCUAUCCUAACCCACGAGUCGCACGUUAUUUUCGAGUCGCCUUUCGCGCUCAAAUAUCUUGAUUACUCUGGAGUUAAAGGACAGAAUACACUCACUUUUCAUAAGAAACUGCCUAUAAGAAACGAGUAUUAAAUCGAAACUAUUAAAUCGUGGUAAAACUGAGAACAACGAAAUUUAGUAAACUCCAAGAACAUGAUUGCCCUGUUGGCCUAGAACUUAAGACACAAGGGAUAGAAUUAUACUUCCCACAUCAGCAUCUGAACGGAAGCGAAUCUCUUUACGUGAUAAAAAAGAUCACGAACCUUGCAUAACACCAUUCAUGAUAUCAUAAUUAAGAAACUCUUAAGAAACAAUGAAUAUUGAAAUUUCCUGAACGUCAAGAAACUGGAGUACUGAAAAUCGACCUUUGUUUCUUAUAACAAAAUGAGUGUAUAUCCUAUAAAAUGAUAAUUGGACUUGAUAACACGAAGAAGCUGUAUCAGGGAUUUCAAUUUUAUAUUGUUGAUCAUACUUUGCAGGUAACCGGAUGUCUUUCUAGUGAGCCAUCUGUUGACCGUGAUUAACCAAAAUUUCUCUGCCCAUGUGGUUUGCAAUUCACGCUUUUGAAAUGGUUCUCCAUUCUAGUCAUAAUAUUUUAUUUAUCUGCUGUCGUUCCCAGCUCUCUGCUCGUUCCUGAUUUAGAUUUCAUCCCUCUGUCUCUACGGAGGAGUAAGAAAAUGAUCUUAUUGGUCGGUACAAACCGUUUGCUUGGUGCUUGAUUGAAAUCGGUUGUCAACACUCUAUCAUUUCUUAGCAUUUCUAUCUUGCACAGAAAUUGCGCGCUGUCUUGUCGUUAGGUAUUUAGAGCCUUUAAAAAGUGUCGGUCGUUCAACAGCCGUCCGUUAGAAUCGCCAUUUCGAAUACAAGAAACACAAUGAUCCCAUCCAUGCAGCGCCUCGUUUUCAUUUUUUAUGUUGCAGGGCCUCGAAAUCUCAUCGAAACAACACCUCAGAGAUACAGAGGUGACUUUGCUACAAGAUUUCUAGCACAAAGCCUUGUUUUCAAUCUUUGAUUUUAUACACCUGGUGAUCACCUUCAUACAUAGAAAACUUCAGUUUAAUGUCAGUACAAGUGAGCAAAUCGUGCAGCUAAUCCAACAGCUGUGAACACAAAAUGCGUCUUAUCUUAAAUUUUUUGGGCUUUUUUCACAGAGCUUCAAUUUGUUUCAAAAUACAAGCUUGCCAUUUUUAUCGCUUCCUGAUAAAAACCAUAUUUCGCAAGGUUCUUCUAUUAAGGCUGGUUUUCAUAUAACGUAUUUCGACGAUUUCAUCGCAAUUCAGAGUCUACGAUCAAUUAAGAUUUUUUCCGUUAUAUGAAAACCGACCAAAUUUUAUGAAAACCACCUAUCGUAAAUAAUCCUAAUAGAACGUAAUUCAACGUAAUUCAUCGGAAGAAAUCAAACAAUUUUGUUUCUACCGACAAAAACUGUUGAAUUACGAUGAAUUAAGAUGAAAUACGUUUUUCGGUUUUCAUAUAACGUGAAAAUCGUGGAACCUGAAUUGCGAUGAAAUGCGUCGAAAUACGUUAUAUGAGAACCAGCCUUAAAAGUGAUGAAGGCAGCGAGCCAAAGUCUUUCUGUAAUCUUUUGAUAACACAUUCAAAUUGCAAUUGACUGCUUCCUGGUAUCUUUACUGUCGGAAAUGUUCGACAAAGUACCUCUGAAUAAUGAUGCUUUGUUACGAAGAUAUGAAGAUAUUUUUUUGGUUAUGAAUAUACCCAUUUUUUGUGAACAUUUUGCUUUUUGUGUAAGAAGGAAGAGCCGCAGGAUAGGCUGUCCGCCGGAUUUUGUGAAUCUUGCAAUGAGUAAUAAUACGAAAGAUAUUCAGGAACAAAGCAAUAUGACGACGAGAAUCCAAUGUAAUGAGAUAAAAUUUUCAAAAUAAAUUAAAUUCAAGGAAUACUAAUAUUUCGCCCCGGUAUACAGGGCUUCAUCUGAGUAAAGACUAAAAACUGAUUCUUCACUUAGAACUGAAUUUUCUUCUACUUAAUUGGUGACAAUGUUGCAGUAGGCCAACUUUCUAAAAUGAUGUUUUCACUAAUCUAUUAUCGUUAUGAAGGCUUUUAAAAAUUGGGUGGGGAAGUUUAAUAAUCUUUGUUAUCUACUUGUGGUUGUAUUGUUUCACGUGUUGCUAGAAAGGCGACAUAUUUACUGGCCAUUGAUAGCGGUAAUCAAUAUGAUUAGAUCAUGUCUGUGAUAGUUAUAAUUAUGAUUAUUAUGUUGGUAAUAUUUAUGGUGAUCGUGAUGAUCCUGAUUAUGAUGUUGACUUAUCUUCUGAUCGCAGUUUUGUUCACUGAAGUGAUCGUGAUUAUUUCAAUAGCAAUUAUCAUGCUGAUAGUCUUGAUCAACCGGAACGCAAUUUUUGUUGAGUUUCCUUUACGUCCUGCAAUGGAUACCACGGCUAGCAAUGAUGACAAAUCUGGGCCUGAAUAAUGUUGUAUUGUACACCCCCGGAUAUGUCCACCUGCUUCUCCUCUCUUCUUGAAAUUUCUUGCUUAAAGAAGGGACACCAAAGCACCUGUCAAGGUUUACUCUGCGUCUCCAUGGAGACAUUUCAGCUACGUAUACUAAACAAUGCUAGUUUUUCGGUCUCGUUGGAUCUUAGCCGGAUUGUACUGUAUUGAGCAGGUCAGAAGGUUUAGCGGAGUUGUAUGAGAAUGAAGAAAGAUGCUUGAUAUCUUAAACAGUUUUUGAGCCUUGGAAUUCUUGUUGUUUACGAAAGCGAGUAAUAGAGAUUCCUGGAUGAUGUGGUGCUGUUUGGCAUGAUCAUAUUAGAUAAGUCCAUGGGGGGAUGUUCGUCUACUGUAUCUCCGGAGAGUACUGCCGAUGUCAAAGCUGAGAAUAAAUCGGAUGGAAGAUUUUGCAAAUGCUGCCAAAGGGAGUCAGGCACAGAAAACGCAGAAAGGUUCGUUUCCUCUGGCAUUUGCACUCCUUGCAAAGAGGAGGCAAAGAGCUGGUCAGCGAGUUUCGAUAAGCUAAUGGAAUCACCAGUUGGUAGAAAGUUAUUCCAAGAAUUCUUACAAUCACAAUACAGUGAUGAAAACUUACGAUUUUGGCUAGCAGCUGAUGAUUACCAGUCGAGGAGUCCAGAUGAAAGAAAGGAAACAGCCCGCAAAGUUUACGAAGAUUUUAUAUCGACUAUUUCUCCUUGUGAGGUCAGUAUCGACGCAAAACUUCGUGCACACAUAGAGGACAAUUUAGAUUCGGGUGAUCCUGAUCUGUUUCUCAAUGCCAAGAACUACAUUUAUAAUUUGAUGUCAUUAGACUGUUUCCCUCGAUUUAUCAAGUCAAAGUACUAUAAGAAUCUUUGUAAAUAAAAGCGACAGCUCCUUCGCGGCUCUGUUCGAGCGCCAGGUAGACUCCAGUGACCACCUUGCAGCCCUUCCCCGGAUCUUUUGACGAAAGAUCAGUUUACCUGAAGACAGUCAGGUAUGUGUGUAGUUAAUUUUGGAUAUGCACUUGGUCUAGACUAGAUAUCUUGCUAGCACACCUAUCUUUUUAACAACACAGAGAAAAAGUUCUGUUUUUCUUUUCAAAGCCAUGCACUUGAGAAAUUACGCCCAUUAUUUACAGACAGGGGCUAAAACGAAGGAUGAAUCACGAAUUCCAAGCAUGUCCCGUUUGAUGAUGAAAACGUAUAUUGCCCAGUUGGAUUUUAGCUGCAGAAAUCCCUGGAGUUGUUUUAAAUGCCACAAUUGACUGUGGAGGCGUUUUUUUUUCUUAAACGUUAGUCAAGGGGAGUAUAUAAAUCAUGGAUAUGUGCGCUUAACGAACUGUCAAGAAUUUAAAGUUGUGUUUGUAAUGGUCUGAAUGUAAACGGACUAAAAAGCGUCUUUUAUUUCUGCUUAUAACGAUUCUAUAUAUUUCCUUAACGUUAAAUGAAGAACCAAUUCAUGAGCACCGAUGGCAGCCUUUCUCGAUAACUAUCCGUUAUAUCGUCAAUCCAUUUACCCCUUUCCUUGCUCGUAGAUAAUCAGAGGAUAACAGAGAUGAUAAGAUGAUAAGUGUAAACAACUUGCCAUUGAUUACAACUUAUCACUAGCCCCCACUACAAGCCUCUCUCCGUUUCUUUUCCCUGUGUACAAAUGUUUAGGAUAGGCUAUACGAAUGAGUAUCUGGUGUUGCUAGAUAUGUGAUCUUUUUGCUUUGUUUUUAUUCUAAAAUUGGUAUGCCAAAAUGGUCUACAAUGCCCCUCGGUGAAUUCUUGCUUGACUGUGUAUAGAACUAAAUGAAAAGUUCUUAAUGAAAUAGCGAUAGUGUUUUAUUUGAACUUAAAAUGCAGCGCCUGCGUUUUUGUCAGAAUUGCCAGCUGCACCAAACGUUAGAUUUUGGGUGCAGUGGUCAUCCGGUUGACCCCUUGCUGCACCAAAUUAUUACGCCUUAAUUUUUUGAGGUUGGGAAAAUAUUGCUCGUUAUGUUCUUCUAUGUCACUAUUGCUUCAAUACCCCCCCCUUUCCCAGUCAUGGCAAGACAAAUACCAUCAAUCACCCCUAUAUUGAUUCGUAAAAAUCUCAGUAUCAUCGUAUCCAUACUGAUUAAAAUCAAGUUAUUCGUCCCUGGGGCUGCAUAUAAAGGGUAAAAUGACUCUUGAUUUAGAAAAAGGUAGUAAUUGUUUCGUUAUCUUUGUAGCUAGCGGUUGCAGUAUUUGAUAGAGCGUAUAUUCAAAUGUUCAGUAGUUUUUGUAGAUAGCUUACCCUGAGGAUCUUAACUAUGGGUUAGUUCCUCUUUAGGUACAAAAAUCCUAGUAGGUUUCCCGUAAAUGUUGAUGUCCUGGUUCAAUGUCAGGCUUUUUCCACCCUCAGACGAGCUAACUCAGAAAAUGUAGACAUGCGAGGCUAUAUAUAUAGACAAGGGUUUUUGUCCAUUCAGAUACUCAAUCAAUUGGAAGAACCUGACUCACUCGCAAUAAUAUUCCUUAGUAACAAGCUUGGACUUUUUAUCCUUUUUGAAGCAUGGCCAUUCUGCAGAGAAACUCAAUCAAAUUUCAUCCAAGCUAGAAGUAGGACAAAAUCACUUCUCCAACUUUUGAUUGUUAACUUUCCCAGAUAAACUUGGCUAAAGUUGGACUUCUUAUCCAAUGACAAUCAUGGAAUUUUAUCAGUAAACCUGAUACCAUCCCUCCCAGGGUCAAGUAAGAGCAAAGUACCUGGUCAUAUUUUGCCUACCCACUAUGUACGUCUCCAGAAAAACAGGACAUGCUAUUAUUACCUUUACUUUGACUCAAUUUGGUAAAUGUCACCUACGUUCGAACUAUUUUCUUGUAAGUUAAACUCUGAAGAUAACUUUACGUUUCGUAAGAGAUCGUCUUCAAAAGAGGCUUUCUUCUUAAAGUUGAUUUAUGAGUAAUUUGCUAAAAGCCAAAGAUUAUGGUAACAAUGUAACCCAUUUGGUCGAUCAAGUGUUUUUUUAAUUGAUAGCUAUUAUAUUAUUCCUGUGUAUUUUGCUUUUAUGCCUACGAAGGCUCAGCGGGAGAGCAUCUAAGAUUGACCCUGUUCUAGACACCUGAAAUAUAUAUGUUUCGAUAUUUAUCUUAUUUCCAGAGUAGCUGUUUAAUAUAAUUCAGUGUGCGAAAUGUAAAUAUCAGAUAAAUCUGAAUUUAGAUUGUAUUA